UCGCUGACGCAGAAAUUCACGAUGACUCAUGAAUGAAUGAUGCACAUGCACUGAGAGAGACACAUGCAUGUAUGCAGUGCCACCAACCAACAUCGAUCUCUACAAAUCGGACCUAUCCUAUGCAGCCAUGAACUCAUCUCAUCUCAUGACACUCACUCACUGUAGCCAUUAAUGUGUGUUGCAGGUCUGCAGAGAGACACACACAACUGCCACGACGAACAGAUCUAGCUAGCUGGCCAAGCAAGGCAGGAACGCUCAGGCUCCCCGGCUAGGCUACCCAUACACACCAACACGGCUUACACAGUCGUCAAUCGACUCCAUGGGACGGACGGAGGGAGGGAGGGAGAACAGCAAGCCCCCACAGACAGACAGGCAUACAAACAGACGACAAACAAACGAUCCAUCACAUCGAUCACCGUUCGUUCGUUCAAAAAGGCAACAAACAGAACACUUAACACUAACUGCAUCUUCGUCGGCUCAUGGUCUUCUGGACAGUCAGCCAGUCAGUCGAGUGUGGUCGUGAGGUGACUCGAUCAAUCCAUCCAUCCAUCCAUCAGACGGGUGGCUCGGGUGUUGCCUCGUCCUCCAGCGCCUCAAUCACUCGGUGCCACACCGACAUCAGAUGCUCCAGCCCGCCCAAAUAACCUACACACGCACACGCAGACACGCAGAUCAGAUGACGUCAUUAAUCUCAGUCAGUCGUUGACCGCUCACCUUCGUCGAGUCGAUCGGUGCCGGCGGCGACGUGUCCGAAGUCGAUCAUCCUGACGUCUGCCGACUCGACGGGGCUGUCCGCCGCACCGUCGUACACGUACAGCAGAGACGAACUGUAAAACGACCAGUGACGCUGACAUGACAAGGGAGAGACACAGACACACACAAAGACACAGACAGACAGACGGCCACACAGGUUGUCGGCGUGGGUGGCUCUCGUGGUGUGUGGUCAGCCCUCGUGGACCUGCACUUUGAAGAAGGCGUCCACUCGGCGCGUGCACUGCAUCGUCAGACACAGCACGCCACGCAGAGGGACAAUCGCUCCCUCUCUCCGUUUCAGUCAGUCAGGCCAUUGUUCGUUUCCUUGUUACCUCCAUCAGUCUCUUUGCGAUAUCGAUGGCUCGCUCGUCGGCCGGGCCGUCGCCACGCAGCCAACGUAUCAUUGCUGCACAAUGACAAAAGGCACACACAGAGUCAUCGCAAACGCGACAGUGGCUGUCGAUUCAAUAUGGGCCUUCAUGGUCACCUCACCUUGUGUGAUCUCGUCCAUAGUCUGAAUGCGCUUGGCGUCCGGACGGGACAGCUCGACACUCGAGCCGUCACUCCGGUGCGCCUGCACACACACAGAGCAGAGAGAGGAGACGUGACGUUGGUGUGGAUUCGGGGUUCAUUCAUUCUGGCUGGGCUGAUAUCUGACCGUGUAGGCCGUGACUGCGAUGCCGUAUUUGGCGGUGGUCUGCUCGUUGGCCUUUGCGAUCAUCUUGUCCCUCUUGGCGUCGCUGGCCUCGUCAUCGUACAAGCGGUAGCCCAUCUUGAUGUCGCACUGGCAGGGCACCGACAGACCACCGACCAAGUUGCCCAGCUCUAUCAGACACUGAAUGACCACACACACACACAUACACACACAUAGAGAGGGGAUUGGAUUGCAGACAGCAGAUCGUCUUAUUCUCGAAGCGCACAUGGUGGCCGUCGCUCACCCGUUUCGGCCUGCCCUCAGUGCCGUUCUCUUCUCGGUCCUCUUCGUCUUCGUCAGUCUGGACGUGCGAGAGCCCCUUGGGGUUGAGGUCGAUGUAGUAGCAGGGCGGGGUGAGCAUGACGAGCUGCCUGGCCCAGUCGACCUCCUCCAUCCGCAGCACCAGCUCCUCAGCACCCUCCGUCCACACACCCUGAACUGCACUCACACACGAGCACAGCACAGCACAGACACACCUGUUGUGUGUGUGUGUGUGUGUGUGUGGUCGUACCAGUGGGUGCGUUGAUUCUGUAGUCAGGUUCGCUUGGGAGGGUGGUGGGGCUGUCGGUGUAGUGGGAGGGGGUGAGGGCCAUGCGGUAUAAACCACGGUAAAACUCAGCCUCCUUCGGCAGACACAACUGACGCACACACAUAGAGAGAGACAUUCGCGCAGUCGUCUCUCUGCGGUGCAUACUUCGCCAGCUGACCUUGACCACUUUGGCGUUGUCCCCUUUCGAUUCGUCCCCCUCGUAAACGAAAAACGAGUCCGGAUGACCUCCCAACUGAGCCUGCACCACACAAACACACAUAAAGGGUCACCUCUCCACUACAUCCCUUCCUCUCCCUCUCACCAUUUGGCUGGCCGUGACAGGCACCAGCUUCCUCUCCCUAAUGGUGUCGUUCAUCUCCUCCCCGUCGUUGUUGCCCUCGUCAAGACAAAACGACAGGUCGGCCGCCACAUCCUUGGGCGACUCCUCCACAGGCGAAAAAGGCGUGUUGGGCGGCGGCGGUGGGCCCGGCAGCGGCGAGUUGGACUCGCCAGGCGACGGUGCUUCUGCCCCAGGCGCGAGAGCGACGAUGCGGGGCAGCCCGUUGAUGUCUGCAACGAGUGGCUCCGGCCUGGGGGGCGCCUCGCCGCGGCUGGGUCGUGUGGAGCGUCGAGUCCUGGGCGCCGCGGCUGGAGGAGGUGUGGGUGUGGGCUCGGCCUCGGGCAUGGGUGGGGGAGGGGGAAGGGGGACGAGGGGGCUGAACAGCUCGUGCACCUGCUCCAGCUUCUUCACAAGCUGAUCAACGGAGAAAAGGUAUCGGCUUUGACUUGAGCAACCCGUGCAUGUCCGUGCGUCACCAUUGAAGAGUACGACGGGUGUGGGUAUCUCCUCAUGUCGCCCUCAUCCCGCAGCACCCGGUGCGCGGGGAAGCCGCCUGAUGAUCCAUGGGUGCAGAUGGACACACAACAGAUUAUUGACAUCAUCUAAACCACAUGGCCGAGCAGAGCACCCUGUGUGCUGUCUGUGUGUUACCUGUCCAUGGUUCUAGCGACGACAGGUGGAAUGUCUCUGCUGUGAGUGCGGGGUCUCUACCGAUCGGCUUCAGCAACGCCUUGACGGACGCGAUCGACGCCUCAGACAGCAUGGACAGAUUGUAGCCGCCCUCCAACACUGCAGCACACACACACACACACAGAUAGCAUCACACGUGUCAUUCUCUGUCAUGAAAUGUCAUGUGUGGUGUCUGUCUGUGGUUCUCGCCGACCAAGUAUGACUUUUCCGUCCGCGUAAAUCUCCGCGAGGCGGCACAUCUGCUCCGUCAUCCAGCCGAAGAACCCGGGACUCACAUGACACUCACCUGCACACACACACACAUGGACCCACACCAUGCCCAAACCAGCCCAGCCCAUCUCUCGUCCCGCGUAUUAUAUGGCCGAUCGCUCACUCACCGAGGGGAUCGAGCUCGACAGCGUCCAUGCCGUGCGACACGACGAAGAGGUCCGGCUGGAGGUGGUGGACGAGAGGCACGAUGACGUGCUCGAAGAUGGCGUACAUGUCGGUGUCGUCGUAGAGGUAGUCCAGGGGCACGUUGAGCGUCGCCCCAAACCCCUCGCCCUCGCCCAUCUCGUCCAUGUCGCCCGUAUUCUGAUCAGGCAGGCAGACAGGCAGACGGACAGACGAAGGGAUUCCCAUUUAUGCAGAUCUGCCCGUGGUAACGGUGGGUUGCUGUGUUGGUCGUCUGGCUUGGGCUUGGCUUACGGGGUAGAAAAAGGAGUAUCGGUGUGUGGAGCAGUAGAACACGUCGGGGUCGGUCCAGAAGAUGUUCUGGGUGCCGUUGCCUGACACACACACACACACACACACACACACACGCGGCAUACACUUGACCUGCCAUCCGUAGCGGGUGUCUCUCUCUCGGCAGUGAGUACCGUGGUGCACGUCCCAGUCGAGUAUGAGGACCUUCCGAGCGCCGUGUUUGGUGCGAGCAUACUGCGCACCAAUGGCGGCAUUGUUGAAGAGGCAGAAUCCCUCAGCCUGAUUGGCACUCGCGUGGUGACCUGAGAUGAGACCCCACACACCGCACGACACACGGAUGAAUACAUUUGGGCCAACACAAACAAAGAGUGUCGUCAGUUGGUACCAGGGGGUCGCAUGACGACGUAGCCCUUGGAGAUGGGCGACGACUGAUCGUACACCUGACACACACGUGGAAAACAGAAGGGAGGGAGAGAUAGAAGGAUGUAUACGUCUGCGAGAUGAGAGCAGUGUGUCCAAGUAAGUCAUCUCACCUCAUCGCAGAGCGUCAGGACCGCCCCAGCCGCCCGCAACGCCGCCUCGGGGGUGUACUUGCACACAAACGUAUCCGCCCUGAUAUAGGCACACACACACACAGGUAGGGGCGGCAGAAGAGCAUGCAGAUGCAUGUGAGAAAUUUCGGCGGUCUCUGUCAGUCAGCAUACCCGAAUGGGUAUAUCCACGGCUUCUUCUUAGGCAUCACCACAAAGUUCUGAAAGCACCACAGAGAGCACAGGGAAGGCUAAAGCGGCAUAACAGCCUCGCUGACGCGCCGUACAUGUGAUCGACCCACCUCUUCUUCGUCGACCAGAUCUUCCUCGGUCGCCUCCUCAGCUGCCGAUGCUGAGGGCUCCUUCGCCUCCCCCUCUCCCUCUCCCUCCCCCUCCUUCUCCUGGAACAGCCCCAGCACUCGGUCCACAUGGCGCUCGGUGUGGCACAACAUCACAUCUUCCUUCGUCGCACACCUGAACAGACAGACAUACACCAACCGCAGCACAAGACACACGGACGACAGGCAGAUCAUGCGCUUGACGACUGGCUGGCUGGCUCGCCUCUCCCCUUCGCUGUCUACCUGGGCGUGAGCUGCGUGGUACGGCUGAGGAGGCCGCUCUCUUCCAGGCCGUUCAUGAUGGCCUGCACACGGGAGGGACUCUCCACAUGAGGCGGACCUGCGUGACACACACCACACGAAGACCCAAAACCAUGCGCUUCAGAUCUCUCGUGUGUGUCCGCCGCGCCCCCCUUUCUUGCCUGCGUGCUUGAGAACGAACGGGUCGUACACCACGGCAACCGACGGCCUCGCCGCUCUCCCCGCCUCCACGGGUGACGCGCCGGAUCUCUCGUCUGACGUGCUCAUCGCCUUGAGUCUGUCCGCCAGAGAGGCAGCCAGCUGUUCACCCUCAGCAGGCUCUGUGGACGCCAUCGUGAGCGAGAUGAAUGAAUGCCAACAGAUCCGAGCACUUCGGGGUUUUUUCUUUCCAAUCCGACUGACGGACCUCUCAACACCCAACAGAGUGCUACAGGCCGCGAGUGCUUUCG